AUGGAGCGCGUGAAGGAGCUGGCGGCCAUCCCCACGCCGCUCAGCACGCCGCCGAACAUCACGGUCGCCCGGCAACCGAACCUCUCCACCAGCACGCUGCAGAAGGGACCUGCGGGUCAAAGCGGUAAAGACUUCGAGGGGGACACGGUCGGUCUGGCUAACAAGUUUGCCAUGUGCACUGCAAACUCCGGGGGAGUCAACCAGGAUCACCAUGGCAACCUGAUCGGCCUGGCCUCCACCGUGGCCCACGAGAUGGGACACAACUUCGGCCUGUCCCACGACGGUCCGGGCUGCGUGUGCGGCCCGCUGCUCAGCCACAACUGUGUGAUGGCCGAGAGGCUCAGCGACUGCAGCCUGCAGCAGCUCGCUGAGUUCAUGGAGCGGGCUCGGCCCGGCUGUCUGCGCCCCCCCGCCUCCGUCAGGACCGUUGCCGGGGGCCCCCACUGUGGCAACGCCAUGCUGGAGCCCGGGGAGGAGUGCGACUGUGGCUCAGUGGAGCUAGAGGCCCCCGGCAGCGUGUGCAGGAGGUCCGCGGGCAGCUGCGACCUGCCCGAGUACUGCACCGGCCAGUCGGAAGACUGUCCUGAAGACAGCUUCCAGAUGAACGGCGAGCCCUGCUACAGCCAGGCGCCGGGCUACUGCCACCAGGGCCAGUGUCCCAGCCGGGAGCAGCACUGCUGGAGGCUGUUUGGAGACGGGGCAAAAGUUGGACCCGAUCUGUGUUUCAACCUGAACAAACGGGGUGAGGAAGGCUCCAGCUGUGGACGAGACAAAUCUGGCUUUAUCCCCUGUUCUUCAGUGGAUGUGAAGUGUGGGACGAUGUUCUGUGUCGGAGGGGGGGAGUCCAUCACAGGUAAACGGGCAGGAUACCCCAUGUUCGGCAUGGAGUGUAAGCUAGCUGUGGAGGACGACAAAAUCAGAAACAUCGACAUGGUCCCCACAGGAACCAGCUGUGGGACAAACAAGGUUUGUCUCAGUAACAAGUGUGUGGACGUCUCCGUUUAUGGCAAAAAGGAAGAAUGCUCAAAGAAAUGCGGCGGGAAGGGG